GGCGAUAAACGAAAGAGAUAUUCUCUCCCUCCCUUUCUUCUUCUUCUUCUUCUUCCAAUCUCUCUUUUUUCUCGUUUGGACGAACAAUUUCGAUGAACCUGACGUUGUUAAUUCAUGAAAUAAACAUUACCCACGACGGAGAAUUUCUCAAUUAGACGAACGGCUAAUCGCUCUUCAUUUCAGGUGGGUCAAGGAAAUACAUCAGGGCUGAAAGUUUCUGAAAAGCAGAUAUAAACAUUAUUGAUUGCUCAAGUUCUCUGGCAGACUUUGCUAUGUUUGUGUCUAUUAUGAGAAAAUAGAAAUGUCUGUUUCCAAUCAAGAAGAAAGGCGAGAGAAUCCAACUGACUGGUACCCAUUGCUCCUGGAGCAAAAGGAAACCGGCGGUAAUCAUGAGCAUGUUAUUAAUAUAGGAAAAGGUUGCGAUGCUUCUACUUCGAGUUCGCCCAGAAGUGCUACUUCUCAGGGCUUGAAUCUAAACCAACAUGAAGAUGGAUCGUCAAAUAAUGCUCUUGUUCAGAAUAACUUAGUUUCACCCACAUUGAAUGAAUCGAUCUCCAGGAGCUCCUCACUUUCGCGAAGAGGGAAUGGGUCUGGCCGACGACAUUGGAGCCCGUUUAACACCUUGAUGUGGCUCUCUAUUGAGCUAGUAUUCACUCUUAGCCAAAUUACUGCAGCUAUUGUGGUAUUGUCUAUAUCGGGAGAUGAGAAUCCACAAGCUCCGUUGUUUGCUUGGAUUUUGGGUUAUGCAGUUGGUUGUGCAGCUAGCCUUCCCAUACUUUGCUGGCGUUAUCUUCACCGCAAUCAUCAAUUUGAACAAGCAGCAGCACCACAACGUCAGGCUUCUCCCAGAGGAAGCCCUGGACCGGAGUCCAAUUCUUAUAUAACAAUCUCAUUAUCUCGGAACUCAGAAGAUGAAGAUGGUCAGAACUUGUCUUCAGGCGCAUGGGCUAAUCAAGGAACUAGAGCUACAGAUGAUAGCAGGUUCAUUGCAAUUAUGGACCAUUUUAAGAUGGCAUUAGACUGUUUCUUUGCAGUAUGGUUUGUGGUUGGCAAUGUAUGGAUAUUUGGAGGCAACUCGUCGUCUGCAGAGGCUCCCAAUUUGUACAGGCUAUGUAUUGUGUUUCUUACAAUAAGCUGCAUUGGAUAUGCAAUGCCUUUUAUUUUAUGCUCGAUGAUAUGUUGUUGCUUGCCUUGUAUAAUAUCAAUGUUGGGUGUUCGUGAUGAUAUGAACGGUAUGAGAGGUGCAUCUGAAGAAACUAUUAAUGCUUUGCCAACACAUAAUUUCAAGUCCAAGGACAAAGGUAGUAGUGUUAGUAGCAGAGAUAGUACUUCAAGUGUUGAUGAAGGAGGACUUCUAGCAGCUGGAACUGAAAAAGAGCGUGCUAUUUCUGGGGAAGAUGCUGUUUGUUGCAUAUGCUUGGCAAAAUAUGCAAAUAACGACGAAUUGAGGGAGCUUCCUUGCACUCAUAUAUUUCAUACAGAGUGUGUAGACAGAUGGCUUAAGAUAAACGCUUCUUGCCCCUUGUGCAAAUUUGAAAUACACGAUGCUUGUACUGAUUCAGCACCCGAAUCUGGUCCUAGUUAGUAGCAAAGGUGAAAGUAUAUAUAUAUAUAAAGUAGAAAGGAGGUUCUUAUAUUGUGAUUUCGCUCGCAGCCCCCAAACUCCUUUCUAGCUGAAGAACUACAAUCCUUUCGUUUUACUUCGAUUUUUACUUACAUUUGUCAUGAAACCAGAGUUGUACAGUUAUAGUCUAAACUUGCUCAUUGAGCUUGUACAAUAAAAGUUUUCUAUAGAGUUAUUUCUCUGUAAAUACAAUGCCUUGGUAUUUUUCUGGAAGAUAUCCAGAAUCAAUGUACUGAUGCAAUGUAUGACUACUUUCUUUACUCUAUAAUAUAUCCAGAAUAAUUUAUACA